AUGACGUCUCCCCUCAGCUACAGGUAUGAGAUCGACAGGAGAAUAAAUCAAAGAAACAGACAACAACAUGUGGCCAUUAAGGAAGUGAAACCACUAUUUAUUGACUCAAUCAUUAUUCCAUUGUUUCCUCAAAUGGAUGAUACUCAUCUUUCUACUGAAGAUGCUCCUGCACCACCUGUCUCUUGUAAUAAUGAGAGAUCAUCUGAUAUUUCCAAGAGAGCUUCAAUUCUUCAAGAAGCCCAACAGCUUAUUGAUGAAAUAAAUGACAAACGAAAACAUGAGGAGCUUAUUUGUCAGUACAGAAAAGACUUAGAAAAACAUGUGGAAAAAAGAUGCAGUUUAACUCAACAACAGAUGUUAGCUAUGUUUGAAGAGCACAGUAAAUUGAUGGAAGAGAAGCUGAAUAAACUUGCCUAUUGUCUUGAACGUGCAGCAAAAGCUGAAUCAGAGCUACUGGAAUUAAAGCGAUCUUUAGCAAUGUUAUAUCAAGAUAUGCAACAAGAUCUGCAAGAAAUUGCUAGAUAUUAA